CCAUGGAUCCCGUCUAUCCAGCUGCACCCUUGGUGGCUCCCAAGGGAUCCGCCGAGCUGCAGCCGGCAGCCGAGCAACAGCACCUUCUGCCAUCGGCGCCGCCCAGUUACGACCAGGCCACCACCAUUCCGGCUGAAACCACGGGACCGGGACCAACUCCCACUUCAGCUCCAGCGAACAGCUCCACCACCCAGCACACGGUGGUCGUGGUGCCCGCUUCACCCUACGGCCCGGAGCCAUUGGACGUGCAGUGCCCGUACUGUCACAAUUACGCCCGGACACGGGUCUCCUUCAAGCCCAACUCGCGCACCCAUCUGAUAGCCUUGAUUUUGUGCCUGUUGCAGUUGUACUGCUGCGUGUGCCUGCCGUAUUGCAUUUCCAGUUGCAUGAACACCAAUCACUACUGUGGCAUGUGCGAUCGUUAUUUGGGCACCUACGAUCGCAAAUGAGCAGCCAAGAAGUUUUUUUUUGUACACAUACAUUUUCUUCAAGUAAUUAGUAAUAAAUGGACUGCAGCACGCAAACCGAACUAAAGCAAAGUAUUUCGUCAUUACAAGUGACGCCUUCAAAGCUUUCAAAUAGCAAAGAACUAAAUAUAUUAAUGUGUUAGGCAAAUUUGCCCAGUUUUCAGUUAUUGUUUGUAAGCAAUAAAGCAAAUGUUAAAUGUUA